AUGGACAACCUUCCACCGGAGGUGCAGCAUAUUUUGGCACCCGCCUCGGGCAUUCUUUCGGCCACGCAACUUAAUCAGAUGGCUGAUUGGCUUAUGGAGAUGCACGAUUUUUCCAAGCCGUCUAUUUCAGCACUCUCAACUCCCUCAGCUCCUCCUGCGUCUCCCAUUUCGCAGUUAGAGAUCGAGCUCAACAAGCUGACCGAUGAUAUAGCCGCUCUCCAGAAGCCCGCAGUUUCUGCCUCAUCUCGGAGCCAACCGCAGCCGUCCACCCCGCAUGUCCAGUCUUCUCAUUCAGCCAGUCCAAACGCAGCUGCCACUUGCUGGUACCACACUACUUUCGGUGCUAAAGCCCGUCGCUGCAUCUCUCCUUGCUCCUUCACUUUCAAGCAGAAAAAACGGGUGAAACCGGUCAGCCGGAAGGUCAGUGCAAGCAAUCUUUCCGAUAGCUCUAACCCUGGUCGCACAUUUUACGUCCGCGACACCAGGAGUGGCAGACGUUUCUUGGUUGACACUGGUGCCCACUUAAGUGUCAUUCCACCCACACCAGCUGAUCGUCGGUGUCCCAAUCCCGGUCUUUUCCUACAGGCCGUCAACACAUCGCCGAUUACCACAUUUGGCACCUGCUCCCUCUCUCUGGAUAUCGGUCUCCGGCGUCUCUUCCCUUGGGUCUUCGUCAUUGUUGACAUCCCCUGUGCAAUUCUCGGUGCAGAUUUUCUCGCCGCUUUCGAUCUUCUGGUCGACUGCCGUCAGUCACGUCUACGCGACAAGACCACCAACCUCACUGUCCGGGGUAUCUCUUCCUCCGACACCUCCCGUCAUCAUGCCGUCUUGGACCCUGAACCCGAGAAUCCAUUUCGGCAACUCCUCGCCAAAUACCCCGGCCUCACUCGCCCCAACUUCAACGUUUCUAUUCCACCACAUGACGUUGUUCACCACAUACGGACCACCGGCCCUCCCGUGUUUUCUCGCCCCCGCCGUCUCGCGCCUACACGUCUUGCUGCCGCCAAGGCCGAAUUCGAGCACAUGCUUCAAAUGGGCAUCAUCCGCCAGUCUGAAAGCCCAUGGGCCUCACCCCUCCACCUGGUUCCAAAAGCCGCCACUGGUGACUGGCGCCCCUGCGGUGAUUAUAGAGCCCUGAACAACGUUACUGUCCCGGACCGCUACCCUGUCCCACAUCUUCAGGAUUUUGCCGGUGCCCUAUUCGGCAAGUCUGUAUUCUCGAAGAUCGAUCUGGUCCGUGCUGUCCACCAAAUUCCCAUAGCCCCAGAGGACGUUUCGAAGACGGCCGUUACCACCCCCUUCGGCCUCUUUGAGUUCCUGCGCAUGCCGUUUGGACUUCGCAACGCCUCCCAGACCUUCCAAAGGUUCGUAGACAGAGUGCUUCGCGGCUUACCAUUUGUCUAG